AUCAAGGCAAACGUGGCCUAAUACAUCACCAUAGAUAGAUACAUCCCUAUAACGUAGCCCACCAACAAGACAAAACCUCGGCUCUCUUUCAAUCUCUUCAGCAUAUAUUUUCAACUCUCACUUGUUACAUCAAUCCAAUCUUUCUUAUUACAAAAUUGAAAAUCCCCGAAGAUUAAAUCUUUUGCCUUGCUCUGUUGUUCCUAAUAAAAACAGUAUAUAAUCACAGCACUCCCGUAGUCAAACUGCUAACCUGUUCAUUCGUUCAUUUUGGCCCUUAUCUCCGCCUUUGCUGCCGGACAUGGGGAGGGUGCCUUGUUGUGUAAAGGUAGGGUUGAAGAAGGGAAGGUGGACGGCAGAAGAGGAUGAGCUUUUGACCAAGUAUGUUCAAGCCAAUGGAGAAGGCUCCUGGAAAUCAUUGCCCGAGAAAGCAGGGUUACUAAGGUGCGGGAAGAGUUGCAGAUUGAGAUGGAUUAACUACUUGAGAGCCGACUUAAAGAAGGGAAACAUUACUGCUGAAGAGGAACAAAUCAUCGUUAAGUUGCAUGCUACCUUGGGAAAUAGGUGGUCUUUGAUUGCCGGCCAGUUACCCGGAAGAACAGACAACGAGAUAAAGAACUACUGGAACUCUCAUUUGAGUAAAAAAAUACAUAGCUUUAAAAUCUCAUCAAGUCAAAGUUUUCCCCUGAUAAUGGAGUCCAAGGAGGAAAAAAACAAACGCUGCUGUACCCAGAAAGACGCCGCAAGUUCUUCAAAUUAUAAACCUAUGAAAAACGUGUCUAUUAAUGAGGUCGUGCCAUUGCCAGGCACUCCAAUACUACAAAAGGAAACCUUGUCCGCUACGGCCAUUGAAGAUCGAAUGGCUCUGAAUCCUUACGAGACAGAUAAACCGAUUCUUAGCCCUGCAGGUGGCGGAAAAACCAUGGAGGAUCCGAUCCUAAGCACUACCGGUAACGUUGAAAAAAGGAUGGAUACUUUAGGCGCGUUCGAAGGGUUUAAUGAAAUCAAAGUCAAGGAUGAAUUGCUACAACCAAAUGCCGAUAUGAGUCCAAACAAGACGGCGGCCAUUGAUGAAAGUGGGGACUCUAAUGAAGGAGCUGUUUGGGACUUGAUUUCCUGGUGUUCAAUAAAUACGAGCUCCAUCGGUGAUGGUGCUGUUGAUAAUCUUGAUUUGGAGUAUUGGGAUUGGGACGAUGACACAGUCGGAAAACGAUUUUGAGUGAUCAUUCCAUGGUUAAAUUGAUCUCUCUCAUCUAUCUAGCCGUUUCCUUUUCCUUUCCUUUAUCAUCUUUCUGUGUUUACUUUGAGUUUUUAGCUAGACAGCAUCAAUCUGUGUUGUUUUCUUUGACAUCUCGUGACGUUACCGUUGUAUUAUAGCUGAAUAUUCCCACGUAGAUACGACUGUACGGUUUAUA